UGCAAUUGCCCCUAGUUGAAUUUUUCUGCGUCGGCAAGAGCACGACGCCAGAAUCCAAGGACGGACCACGGGACCUGUGAUAUCGCAACUUGCCGCAUCAAACGUGAUAUCCAACAAACCGCCCAAUAUGCCCAAAGCCAAGGGAGUUGCGACACAACGUGUGCAAAAGACGAGGCAUCGCACCAGAGACCUGGACCAGAUCAAGAAGGACCUGCUGUCGCCCAAGCAUCUGGCCCAGUGGAAGGACACCAAGGCCUCAGAGGACCUGCCUGGGCUGGGCAGGCAUUACUGUGUCGAGUGCGCAAAGUGGUUCGAGACGGACCACAGCUUGGUUGAGCACCGCAAGGGCAAGCCGCACAAGCGCCGAGUCAAGCAGCUUGAGGAGGAGCCAUACACCCAAAGGGAGGCGGAGGCGGCCAUCGGUAUCGGACCUCCGGACAACGGACAGCGGAAGAAGGACGAAGACGUGGCGAUGGCAUAACUUAUUUCCCAUGUUUCCUUUGCCUAGGUCAUGUUUGCUUUGUCUGCGUUUGAUUCAUAAUGGAGGUAGGAACUGGAAAAUCUGCAUUCCUAAGGGGCGUUCAGGGGCGUCUUGGGUCAUGUGACUGGCGGCGUCCAGUGUUCGAGGCCAUGGGCUGCGAGUUAUUCCCAUAGACGAACGAGCGGGGGCGGCACCUACCUACCUAGGCACUACCUAGGUAGGAUUUAUAUGCUUUGCCAUCCAUGCGAGGCCACGAGGGGCAGCACUAAACGAGGCGGGCAGACGACGUUUUGAUGCUUGGCCGUCACGUGCCGAGGCUCAAGUCGUCUGGGCGUGGCACGGCUCCAUCGUUUGGGACGGCGGCCCCACAAAAAGAUUGGGAACCACUGGCGGAAUUGAAUUCGAUCGCGGUUCGUGAGGAAGCUAGAACCUGCUACCUACUGCGGUGCAAUGACGGGA